CACCUGUAUAGUUCAUGCAGUGAAUCAUCUUCAAUAAAUGAUCUUUGGCUCAUCAGCUCCUGAUUGAUUCUUCUUCUGUAAAAAAACACCAAAAUAAACCUCAGUCAUUAUGUCUGAAGACGACAGCUGUUUUCCUACUCAAAGCUUCUCUGCUAACAGAUUUAAAGCUCUGGACUAUGUCUUUGAGACCACCACCAGUCUGAAAGUAAUGAUGAACUUACUGGCGCUGCCAGCACCUUACUUCACUGGGACCAGUGAGCUGUACCCGCACAGUGGUAGGCUGCCUGAAGUCACCUACAGGACACCCUGGAUCAGAGGAAAGGUGAUCUCCACCUGCAAACUCUUCGUCAGUGGUUCUGUACUCGAUGACCUGGGAGGAAAAAGCCAACCAGAUAAUUCACCAGAAAGAUUUAAAAUGACACUGAGUAAAGGGAGAGGGGACGUGGAGAUGAUACCCAGCUCUAAUCCCGACUCACUGUCGGAUCUAGACCAGGAUGAGCAUGUUUGCCUUUUAAAAGAGUCACAGAUCAAUAAUCCAUGUCAGGAAUCAUUUGUCAAGUGGACAACUGACCAGAUGAAACGUGGAAAUAAUAAAAAAGAUCUCCUCCUGCCAGAAGAGCUCAUGGAUGUAGAUUACCUGCCAUACUUUAAGAGACAUUUACCUACGCUCAGAGCCAAGCUGUCCAGGCUGAGGACGCUUCCUGUGGCCGACCCUCUGCUGAGCUCAACGGGAGUUACCAUCUCUGAGGACGCCAUAUUCAGGCACUGUGCGUCUUAUGAAAAACCUCCUGACGUGAACACCGGGGACAUUCAGACAAACAUUCACGAGGAGUUUGGUAAAGAGUCGCUGAUGAAAGAAGAGUCUCUGCUGCUGCCAGUUGUAGUGGACACACUGAGUCUGAGCCUAGAAAACUUCACCGCCUUUUCAAACAUUUGUGGUCAAACGAUUGUUGCUCCUGAGCAGCUGGAUGAGCAACUUUCAGUCCUGGAUGUGCUUCAUGAAGCUUCCCUUCUAGAUGUAUCGGCAUCGGUGGACGUUUCCCAGUAUGAAGUACCAGAGGAGACCGGCAGUAAAUGCAACAUGACAGGAGGCCUGAUGGAGCUGGCAGGUCGUGAGAUGCUUCCAACUGAGAUGGAGCUUGACGUGACUUUGACCCUGAGUCCCAAGACAAGUCGAACCCAAAUCUGUCUGUCCACAUGUGAACUUCAGGAGGAAGAGGUGUCAGUGCUCUGCAGACGAUCUUUGGUGUCAGCGAGAGCUCAGAGUGAGAUGGAGACGGCACUUUGGAAGGCGGAGAAGCAUCCAACCUUUGUGGUGGGCUUUCUGUUGGCAGAGCCUCAAAUGUAUGAAGCAGCUGUCGACUUCCAGCCGCUGUCCGAAGCCUGGAAAGUCAUAAAGUCAGGGAAUCAAAGCUUCAUCUGUGCUGGUGACACACUGCAGUCCCAGAUGGAGACGGGAGCCCCGCAGGUGUAUUUGUGCAGCAGCCGUGAGUUCACAGAGAGCAUUAGGCCGGAGUUCCCCUCCACCACAGAGGAAAAGAUGGAAGACUUCAAAAAACUGUCACCUGAACAUGUGGAGAUCACAUCCGUCCUGAUGAAUCCCACAAACAAAACUCAGUUAACUCACCUGAAGAAAGGUAAAACUGCUACUUUUCAUGCUGAAGCUGCUGCAGACGACACCCGCCUUCGAAAAGAAACUGUUGCUGAUGCGUCACAGAGUUCCUUCCUGAUGCAAACUGUCAACACAAACAAUAAGGAUGUAAAACCUGCUGCUACCACCAACACCAAAGAUGAAGUUUCAGACAAGAGACUUUUAGAAGUUGCAGCCAUGUUUUGUGCUCGUAAGAACGACAUCAACACAUUUAGAAGCGACUGUAUGACAGAGCAGAGCGCUGUGUCCUCCAGAGAUGACCACAGAGGUGUGCUGGUUGCGAGACGUCCACCAGAGAAGGACCUGGACCCGUUGUCCACCUUCAUGAUAUUGAGAUCCCAGCAGAGGGCUGCAACACCUCAGAGCUCAACUCCAGCACCAAACAUGGACCAACAAAAAUCCCCAUCGGAGCAUCACCAGCCUCCUCCAGAGCAGAUGCAAAGAUCAGAUCAGAGGCCGACGUAUAUGAGUGGUGCUGUGUUAGGAAACGCUUCCAGAGAGCAGAAAGCAGCUGGUCAGGUGAUGGGUCAUCCUGUCCGUCAGUCCAUCCCUCAGGACAGACAGGACAGCAGAGUAGUACACGUCCAAGCUACCGACAGCCAGCAGCGUGCUCACUGUGAGCUGCUGGCCUUCGCUCAGCCUUGUUUGAGCUCUGCCAGACAGCUGGGGCUCAACUUCCCGGUAUGGGGAGACUUCAGCUGCCUGGCCCCGGACCAAACGCACUUCCUCCUCAAACAGCAGGAAAAGGCGCUCUGCAGGACACACGCUCAGAGCGCAGAGCUGGUCAGAGAUCAGGAACUGCUUUUCAACCAGGCGGCUCUGAUUCAUGUGCUGGUGACAUUCAAGGAGCUGCUGCUGAAGUGUGACCUCAGUACUGCAUAUGAGUACCUAAAGAAGGCAGCUGAGGCGUGUGCAGAGCCGAGUCUGGAGCAGCUGGUGAAGAGGCUGCAGAUCAUCCUCUACCUCAGUCACACGAACCAGGAGUCCAACCUCAAACUGCUUGAGCUGCAGCGGCUGCUGGCUGCGUGGCUACACGACAGGACAGGACAGAACACAGUGGAGAAAAUUCUGGUCAUAAUAUCAGUCGACUCUGACGACAUCAGAUCUUUAAUGAUCAACAGUUUGAGCCAAAUGACUGGUGCUGCAGUAACGGCAGUUUGUCCUGAGGAGGACAAGAAAAAACUGAACGGUGCCAGUGUGGUCAGCAGCAUAAAUGACAGUGUGUGUGUGGUGGUGUACGAGCAGCACGUAGGGCCCGACUUCCCCUGGAGCUGUUUCUCUCUGGUGGUGGAGUACGACCAUCCAGGCCAGUCACCGUGGGCCACAGUCUGCAGAGAGAGGAGCAUCAGUCACCUCACCUUCAACACAAUCAUCUCUGACACUGAGAAACAAAAAGCCGUGUGGUGUCUGGAGGACAAUGUGCCAUAUGUGUUGUUUGUCACAGAGGGGCUUCUCAACUGUCCACUGCUGCUACAGACACUGGAGUCAGGGUUUAAUAUAACUGUGCUGGAGAGGAGCCACUGUCCGUCCCUGCAGAUGCUCGGGGGGACCCAUCACUACGCUGUGAUCACAGUGGAUGAAAGCACCGCAAUCAUCAUUCAGGAGGAGGAUGAACUGUGUCAGGAGCGAGCCAGUGAGGGACUAGUGAUGAGGCUGACCGCUCUCUCUUUGCAAUACAACAGCUGUUGGCUCAUCCUGCACUGCAGAGACAGCCAGGGAGGAGGAUUUUCCAACGAAGCCUUCAGCAACAUGGUGUUGGUUUAUUCGUCCCUGGUGCUGUUCGGCAUGAAGACUGAGGAUCUAGACGUCAAGGUGCUGCUUGUGUUUGAGGUGACUGAAAUAGCCAAAUGGAUCAGCCAGAUCUGCUUCCACAGCCUGAUGGCCAGUGAGAAGGACCCUCUCAACUACCUGCACAGAGACUGGCUGACUGUGAUUCCCUCAGAGGAGGAAAAGUGUCUGCUGCAGUUUCCGAGUAUUAACCCUCUGGUUAGUCUGCUAAUGCUGAAGAGAGCACCAUCCGUUCGGUGGCUCCUCGGGGCCUCUCUGUCUCAGCUGAUGGAGCUGCUCCCUGAGGUGCCACAUAAAGUCCUCAAGCUGUUCAGUGACACCACCUCCCUGUACACACUGACCACAGACCGGCCAGAGUCUCAGACAAUCAUCACUGAGACACACCAACAAACCAGCCCACCAAUCAGCCCCUGGACCACCACUGCUGACCCCGAGCACAUGAACUCUGACCCGCAGCCAGAACCCCCCGUCAACCACCAUCCAGAACUAUUCUGUAGUGACCUCAACACCUGCUUCCUGUUCCCAGCUGAUCGCAGCUUCAGUGAACCAAACCCAGACUCAACGGUGCAAGAGGGCAACACAGAUUUCAGACUCGACCUGAGUUCUUCCUUUGGCAGCCCAGAUGUUCUCCUCCAGAGGAGCUGGACCAGCAGUGAUCCAUGGAGAGAGGAGGACAGAGGCAAAGAGGAGGUGACGUUUUCUGGCUGGAGACGCAGCGCCGGAGCUGUGGGGAGAGUUGUUGGAAGAGUAAACGAUGAGUGGACACAGAAGGCUCCAACAAACCUCAACGUCAACACUCGUGGGGUCCAACUCGACAGUCCUUUGAAGCUGGACUCCGCAUUCAGUUACAGCCCCGUCCUGCAGCAGCCAGCCAGCAGUCAGAUGUCCACGUACUCGACAAUCUACAGUGACCUCCAGCAUCCGGGUGAACACUGCAUUUCUUACAGUCUGAGCCCUCCUACAGAGGUCACGCUGUGGGGUCGAGGUCAAAGCAGCAACGACUGCCUCGCCAGUAGUCGAGAAACAACGCAGAUUUCAGCUAACUACGGCUCCAAUUGCUGGAUAGGACAAGAGAGGAAGAGGACCGGCGAGGCUGCAGGUUUGGUUGGAACAGUGUUGACACCACUGAAGAGGGGAAGGUUAAGCUACGAGAAGGUGCCCGGCAGAAGUGACGGACAGACGAGGCUGAAAUUAUUUUAGGCAUGAGUGCUUUGUUCCUGUGUUUGUAAAGGCAUGAAAGUUUUGUUGGAUUCAAGUUAUUAAUUGCAUUUCGCUUUCAAGUUUUUAUUCAGGUGAAAUGACGUUAUAUGUUUUGGUUUGUUU